AUGAAGGCCGCGCAGGCGAUCCUCUUCGGAACGCUUGCACUCACGGGUGCUGCUGGGCAGUCCCCAGUCGGCAAGGUCAUCGAGCUGCUGUCUGGCCUGGAGGCACAGAUCCAGAAGGAGGGCGAGGCGUCGGCCAAGCUCAACAGCGAGAAGGAGGAGUGGUGCAAGGACGUGGCGACCAAUCUUGGCUUCGAGAUCCAGACUGGGUCCAGUGAGGUGGACAAGCUGAAGGCUGUUAUCGGCAAGGAGGCAGCCACGAUCAGCGCGCUGACAAGCAAGGUCGAGGAGCUCGGGGCGGCGAUAGCCAAGGACGAGAAGGACCUGGCGGCCAUCCCGUGA